AGUAGGGCCAAAUGCUGAGGUGUACGGCAGAGAUGCAACCCAAUAGUCAAGUGGACUAUAUUGCAUUUCAUCAACGCAUAGAAAGAAAAACAUUGGAUAUUUACAACAAAGAAGUUGCAAUUAUAAUCACACAAUAGGGUAAAACCGUAAUUACAAUCACACCCUUAAAAAAAAAAAAACAACACCCGUAUAAAAGAAAGAAUUGCGAGCACAUACUUGGUUGUUUUCUCACACAAUCAAAAAGUCUCCCCCAACAUAACACCCCCGCCUCCUAACCCGAAAAUACUAGCCGCGAAGGCGUUACCUAAACAAACACUCGUAUUUUCAUCAUAUCACCAAAUUUAAAUUUGAUAAAUAAUUCAAUCUAAAAUUUAUUAUUUAAACCCGUUAUUUUAUUUUAGUUUAUCCGCGUUAAAACCCUAAUUAAAUGAAAUUAGAAAUGAAAACAAACAAUUAGAUAAGAUUAUUAUUAAUAUAUUGUAUAAGAGGAAGAGAGAGAUUUAAGAUUUAGUAAUAAUAUUAUGGAGGAGAAGGAAGAAGAAACGACGUCGUCGAAUAAUGGAGAGAUGGAGAGAAGAGAAAAAGAGGAAGAAGAAGAACAAGCAUGGGGAACAUUGGAAGAGCUUUUGUUAGUGUGUGCCGUCAACCGCCAUGGAUUCAAUAGCUGGGACUCCAUUUCUACAGAACUCCAGAAACGUAUCAAACACUCUUCUCUCAACAACAACGAUAAAAACGACGUCGUUAACGACGCCGAUAACAACGCCGUCGAAGGAGGCGGAGGAGGUGGCGGUGAAGGUACAGUUGAUUGUUCGUUUUCGUCGGGAAACUGCCGGAAAAAGUACGUUCACUUGAAGCGGCGGUUUGAGGAGGCGGCGGAGACGGCGGAGACGGCGGUGGAGGUGGAGGAAGGCGGCGAGGAACACCUUGUGCGUAUGGUGGAUGAGUUACGGAAGCUUCGAGUCGAGGAGUUGAAGCGCGAGGUUCAUCGGCACGACGUUUCGAUCGUGUCGUUGCAAUUGAAGGUGAAGAGAUUAGAGGAGGAGAGAGAAAGCAGUAAAGUAAAGGCAGAAGAUGUGGAUGAACAACAACAAGAUGAUGAUGAAGAAGAAGAAAAAACAAUAUUAUUAUCAGAUCUGAGGAUUAAACCGGAAGAAAAUGCGGCCGAAACCGGAGAAAAAGGUGAUGAACCGGAAAAAUCUUCGGUCGAGAAGGUUAUAACCGCUGACUCGGCGGAGAAUCGUUCAUCAAACUCGACGAACCACCCAAAAACCGACAAUAUAAAACCUGUGAGUGAUUCGGCACGAGGUGAACCGGGGGCGGUUCGGGUGGAGAGGAAGAGGAGUGAACCGGUUGUUGGCGAUAAUAAUAGGAAAGUGAACCGGCUUAGUGAAUCGUUGUCGGAGUCGAGGAGGGAAAGCACAAGGCAGCAAAGCAGUGAUGUUCAGAGUUCCGCUAGCUUGUCGAAGAAGAAACGACGUCGUUUUAGGGGGGAUAACGGUGACGAAUUGGAGGCUGAGGAGCUUUCGCCCGCUAAUAAGCGGAUCAAUGCGAAAUCUCAACCGUUGAUUCGGUUCUUGGAGAGCCUCCGGUCUCAUAAACAUGGCUCUGUUUUCCAACGUCGGCUUCCUAGUCAGGAAACUGAAAAAUACAGGAAUGUGAUCCGCCAACACAUGGAUCUAGAUACAGUUCAAUCCAGACUUGAUAAGGGUAUAUACUGCGAUUGUCAUCCCAAAUUUUACCGUGACCUCAUCCUUACAUUCACCAAUGCGGUACUCUUUUACCGUAAGAGCACCGCAGAGCAUAUAGCAGCCAAGGAACUUCGGAAGUUGGUAAUGGACGAAGUUGCCCAAAAAACCCGAAAGCCCAAGGUCCAACCAAGGAAACCGGACCUGGAACCUCAAAACCUCGAACCUGUGGUGAAGAAACCUAGAUCCUCUACGACCAUGGUUGUGUGCAGGAGACGAAUCUCCAACUCAAUGCAAGCAUUGUCAGAUGGCAUGAAGAAGGCGGAUACUAAUCAAACUACGAGUACUACUAAUAGUAAGAAUAAUAUUAGUAGUAAUGUGGUGAAUGGACGAGAGGAGAAAGUAAAGCCCGAUCACAAUCAGAAGAGAGUUAAUGGUAGUAAUAAUAUCAGCAGCGGUUCUCUUUCGAAUAAGAAAGAAAAGGAGAAAGAUGGCGACAAGGGUGGAGGUGGUGGUGGUGACGAAAACUUGAAGAAGUUGCUUACGAGAGAGAGAUCGAAUUUGGGGAAUGGAGGCUUGCGGUUGAGUAAUAGCAAUGGGAAGAAGAUCAUUAGUAAAGAAGGUAAUAAAAGGGAGAAAAUGGGGAAUGUUGGUAAAGAUAAUAAACAGGAGAGCUCCGAGGGUGAGAGGGCCGAAGUAAUGGAAAGGAGGAAGAUAAACAACGCCGAUCAAAAGCAAGAGAAAGGAACACCAACCCCUGUUUUGAAGAAACAAGGUGUGGCGAAGUUUUUGAAGAGGAUGAAGCAAAAUUCGCCGUCUAGUCAAGAGAAGGUGAAAAAUAAUGAUUCGGAGGAGGACGAGGAGGAAGGAGGGAUAAGAGAAAAAACCCAAAGUACUAACACUAGUAAUGCUAGAAAGGCAGGUGGGAAUUUGAAGAAGAAUAUUAGUAAAGAGGUAGAGGUGGUGAAUACAACAAGGAGGAGUUCAGGAAGGAGGGGCGAGAAGGAGGCAGCAGCGUCAAGGAAAUGGAUUGGUAGGCCACCAAAACGGAAGGCAGCGAUGAUGAGUGGUAGUACACCAGAUUCAGCGAAAGGUGGAAGAUCUGGUGGUAGAGAUGGUGGUGAAAAAUUUAAGAAAAAACCUAGGAGAUAAAAUGGUUGAGUUUGUAUUUGUAGUUUGUAGUCCUUUGUUGUACAUUUUAAGAUGUGAUGUUCAUUUUGGGUUCCCUUUAAUUCUAGCUUUGUUUUAUACAUGGAGGGCUAGUUUAAGGCCUUCAUUAGACUUUAGUUGUUAGAAUAGAGGAAGAUAACAAAGAAAUGCUUGCAUUUGUAGAGUAGUUUCGUAUAAGCAAGUUUCAAUAUUUAUGGUAUCUUCACUUUAAUGGUUUUUGUUUU